AUGAAAGUUGGUGGGAUUUCCAUAUCGACCCCAAAGCUACCAAUGCCUAUCGAUCUCAAUAGCAGCACUGAUGAAUAUAAUUCAUUUCACCGAACAAAGACAACGACGUCACACAAAAAAUCAUUAUUGAUAGAAGCCGGAGAAUCCUCGGACGGAAGCAGGAAGACGAGCAAGGUCCCGAAAGGAUACAUUGCUGUUUAUGUCGGGCUUGAAUGUAGAAGGUUUGUGAUUCCAAUAAGUUUCUUGAGCAUGCCUGAGUUGAAGGGUUUGAUGGAUGACGUGGCUGAGGAGUUUGGUUGUGAUUAUCAUGCUGAUGGUGCUCUUCAUAUUCCAUGUGAUGAAGAUUAUUUUCGCAAUGUUUUGAUUAAUUGUUUUGCAACACAACGAAGGGUAUCUUCUAAGAAUUAUAAGAUCAAACUUGGUAGUAAGAUUCCCUUAAUAGACAGUCAAUAG